AUGACCACCGCACGUCCACUCAUCAUCGGCCCUUCUACGGGGCCCGAAGCACCCUACCCCCUGCACAUGGAAGGCAAAGUAAUCAACGGCUUCGGGCGUGGCUCCAAAGCACUAGGAAUCCCCACGGCCAACCUUCCCGUCGACGAGAGCCUGACACCAUGGAUCGCUGAUAUCAAGUCCGGAGUGUACUUUGGCUGGGCUUCCCUACGCCUACCACCGUCGCAUCCGAACCAUCGAACGACAUCGUCAGACACCUCCUCCCCGUCAGGAGCGCACUCCGGAUUCAGCAUCUAUCCCAUGGUGAUGUCGAUCGGAUACAACCGGUUCUACAAGAACACAGCGCGGUCGGCUGAGGCACACGUCCUCCACGAGUUCGGUGCCGACUUCUACGGCGUCGAGAUGCGGCUGUUGAUUGUGGGGUUCAUUCGGGAGGAGAAGGACUACGCCGACGCAGGAGCGCUGAUCGAGGAUAUCAAGCUGGACUGCGAGGUGGCGCGCAGGAGUUUGGACCGCGAGGCUUGGGCAUUGCGGGAGACGGGCAAGGGCACGCUUGAUGGAAGCUGGUUGGUGCGAGAACCGGCAGAGGAGAAUGGCGCCGUGGUAUAA